AUGUCGUCCACAGAGAAUGAGCCGGAUGUGCUAGCGCCAAAGAAUGCCGACUUCCAGACCAAGGCUUACUGGGACAAGCGCUAUGCUAUGGAGGCACCGGAUGCAGAGUUCGAUUGGUUCCGAAAGUACAGUGACAUUCGGGAUAUUAUCAAUGAACUCGUUCCUGAUCGUGCCUCUCGUAUUCUCAUGCUAGGCUGUGGAAAUUCGACGCUUAGCAAAGACAUGUAUGAAGAUGGAUACCAUCACAUUGUCAACUUGGAUUACAGUGAUGUAUUGAUUGAAAAAAUGCGCGAACGUGUACCGGAGCUCGAUUGGCGCGUGAUGGAUAUCCGCGAGCUGAAAGAGCAUGCGGAUGAACUAGGAGGCGCAGGCACUUGGGAUGUCAUUAUCGACAAAGGUACGAUGGAUGCCCUUAUGGCCGAAAAUGGGUCGGUAUGGAACCCCAGCGACCAGGUCCUCGACAACGUGGCGCGUGAAGUGGAUGGCGUCUUGCACCUCUUGAAACCGAAAACAGGCCUUUUCCUCUACUUCACAUUCGGCCAGCCUCACUUCCGGCGCCCUCAUAUGCAACGCGAAACGUGGACGAUUGAGACCAGAGAACUGGGUGAUAUGUUUCAUUACUAUCUGUACAUCGGUAGGAAGCAUAUACCAUAG